GCCAGCUCGGUGGAAUUCCGCACAUCCGCAGAUCCGCCCUCGAAAUCGCAGACUCGAAACGGAAUCGAAAUCGAAUCGAACAUCGAAUUUGAAUUAAGUUUCUCCCUCGGGUGCCAUACAAAAAUUAAUAAACAAAUUAAAAUCCAGUGCGAACCGAUAUGCGAGUGGAGUGCUAGUGUUGUGUGUGCUUUGUCUCAAUGAAAUGCCAAACUAAAUAAAAAAUAAAUAAGAAAUAAAAGUUUUCCAUCCGCUCUUUUAUGGCGAACCGAAAAAAGUGUCAAUUUAAUUAGCAUCUCGGCGGUCGAAAUAAUUUGAAGAGAUAUCGGAGGCCGAACAGGUGAUUGGAACCUCGGAUUGGAUUCGCAACUGCUACCUGUGGCUCCUCCUUCUCACACUCUCAUCGAUCCUCGUCCAAUUCCAGCUAAAUACAACACGCUGCCCAUGUGACAACAAUAAAUACAGGAACAGAGAGAGAGUACAGAAAGCACACAGCAAAACAGAGAAAGCGAAAGCGAAGCGGCUGAAGGAGCGACCGCAGGGCGGUGGACAUGGCGUAUACGCAAUGUGUUAUUACUAUCGCUGCUACUGCCACGGCCACCUCGAGUCAAUUAAGAAAUUCACACGCCAGCGGACACUGUAAUUGAAACCCGCAACCGUCCAUACCCACCUCUUCUCCACUAUAUUUUGCUACCCUAGAAUACUCGAUUGCAGAGGUUAUCCUCUGAAGUACCUCCGAAAAUGUCCGCCUUUCGCUACUUCUCCAUCACGGACUUUACGUUCAAUGGACCACUGCCGCCGCUGCACGCCGCCGCCACCGCGAGCCGGGAGGCCAAGGAGUCGGACAGCCCCAGCUCCGAGCUGAAUAUACCCUACACCGUCUUCGAGGUCCUUGUGGCCAUUGUUAGUAUCAUUGGCAACGUUCUGGUGAUCAUCGUCUUCCGGCGCGAGCGGAAACUGCGACGGCGCACCAACUACUAUAUCGUGUCGCUGGCCAUGGCCGACUUUCUGGUGGGCAGCCUGGGCAUACCCUUCGCCAUCCUGGCCUCACUGGGGCUGCCGCGGAACCUGCACGCCUGCCUCUUCACCUGCUCGCUGCUGGUGGUUCUGUGCACCAUCUCCAUCUUCUGUCUGGUGGCCGUCUCCGUGGACCGAUACUGGGCCAUUUUGUAUCCGAUGGCUUACUCCAGGAAUGUGAGGACACGCACGGCAAUAGUCAUCAUCUCGAUGUGCUGGGUGGCCGGGACGAUAGUAGGCUUCCUGCCCCUCUUCGGCUGGCAUGCCAAUGUGGGAGACAACCAGGAGUGUCUGUUUGUUGAGGUGAUGGACUACGACUACCUCGUCUUUCUAUACUUUGCCACGAUCAUCACUCCGGCGCUCCUGAUGCUGGCCUUUUACACGCACAUUUACAGGGUCAUUAUCAAGCAGGUCCGUCAGAUCGUGACCAUGAACCCCGCCUCGGAUCUCAGUCGUCGCUCCUCGGCGGCGGCCGUACAGGUGACCACUGCAGGUAGGGGCGGCCAUGCGGGCACAAUGCUUCGAGUGUUGGGUGCUGCCAGAAAGCGGGACGUAAAGGCCACCCAGAACCUGUCCAUCAUUGUGCUGUUCUUUAUGAUCUGCUGGAUACCGCUGUAUACGAUCAACUGCAUCAAAGCCUUCUGUCCGCAAUGCUACGUGCACCCAAAGCUAACUCUGUUCUGCAUCAUCCUUACGCAUCUAAACUCGGCGGUGAAUCCGGUUCUGUAUGCCUAUCACCUGAAGGAUUUUAGGGCGGCUCUUAAGAACCUUCUGCUGCGGAUGAUGGGCGUGGAUAUCGACCAGCAGGCGGAGGCCAUACACCGCUUUUCAAUGGCCAGCCAGCACCGCCUGCAGUCCAUGGACUCCAAUAUGCGCUCCACGCAGCCGCGCCUCUAUGUGGGUGAGUAUUCACCCAUCUGGCUGAGGCAGCAGCAGGAGGCGCUCAAGAACUCGCAGCUCCUGCCCAAGUGCGGUGUCGUCUCUCCGUGUUUUAAUAACAUCAACCAAACGGUGGCCGCUGUGGCCUCAGUGACCACGGAAAUCGAGCGGGAGAUGUGGAACAUUGUGGAGGCCUCCAGUGGCGCCGAGGUGGGCGAGACCAGCUAUGAGUUUCCCUCGCCAGCUCCCGUCUCGCAGCGCAGCAGCAGCUCUACGGCCCCGCCGGCUCCUACUCCUGCUCCCCCCUCUGGUCAUCCUGUGAAGCCCUCUAUUCCGUCCGCCUCGUAUGACAACCAUAACUAUAGCUUCAGCCAGGAUGAGGAGGAGAACGAUGACGACGAUGACGAUCUGGAAUUCGAGGAUGUCUUUGUGCCAGCCAGCUCUGUUCCUAAUCCCCCACAAACUGGCAUCGAUCCCGUAGAGCUGCGUCGCUCCUUGGCCUUGGUGAUGCGAGAGAAACUACGCUCAGAUGACACGGACUCCCGAAUGCCAGAGAGAAGUCUGCAAGAGCUGUCCACUGAAACGGAGACCAGGGAUAGACCCCUUUCCAUCCAGACCUCACCUACGAAUGGUCCCCUACCGGCUUUGCUAAGGGCCAAGCUCUUCGCCGGCAACUCCAAUAGCGCCCACUGCCUGCCGGCAGCCUCCAGUCCUGCCGCCCAGGAAGGUGCGGGAGUCUUUGUCAUAGACAGCGAGGCGAAUCCUGGAGCCCAAACUGGUCACAAGCCCAAGUACCGCAAAGGCACGGCCAUGACGAGGAGCUGCCUGAAGAAGAGCAGGUCGUGUAACUGCAAUGCCAGUACUCCGGGGGCCAAGGGAUCUGGAAGCAAUCCCAGCGAGCAGCGGGAACAGCACCAUCACCAUCAUCCGCCUCCUCCUCCGCCGGAGAACUUUUUCAGUCCUCUGCGAUCGGUGGGCACCUUCAUGCAGCAUUCCAACCUGUUCCACUUUCUCCAGCCACACGCCCACACACGGGCUGCCUCAUCCACGGCCUCCUCCUCGGCCUCCACACCCACACCCUCUCCGCCGCCCGCUGUCCAGGAGGAGUCGGUGCUGACCACCUCCUCGCCAUCCCUGCUGGCGACCAGAGCAGAAAGUUGACCUCCAAUUGAGGAGGUGGAGGAGGACACUCACCAGGUGGAGAAGGAGACGGGUCAGGACAAGAAAGGAUGAGGAAAUACUCGCAAGUCAAAGCUUUUACGUUAAGUACUUCCCAGCUCUCAUUAGCUCUCUCUGUCGAAUUAGGUAAACAGUUGUCAAAUUCCAUCGGAUCUAGAUCAAUUAGUUGGGUAGUAACACACACAAAAACACACAUUCUAUCAAGGAAGUCACGGAAAUCGCUGAGGAUUUUAAAAACACCUGAUAUGGUGCUAGUAAAUUUGUAACAAAAUCAUUUUAUUAGACAUUCUUUUGAGUGUUUUUAAACCCUUUACGAUUUCUGCUACGCUUUUCCCUUACAUGUGUUGAGAUUAGAAGUUACGAGCAUUUAUUUUGGCGUUUCUAUGGUGUAGUUAAUUAUAUUAUAUGUACAUAAUGUUUAAUGUUGUUAGAGUACCUUAGUGCGUACUGUAUGUGCUGUUACUGUUACUGUGUGCCGUACAUAUGUUUAUGUCUGCUUAUGUAUACCUGAACGUCUGUGAAAAGCAAGUUAAGCCAUGCGACAUGAAUUUCAUAUGAAGUUAAAUAAAGCGAUUAAACAAGAAUGUAAAC